GGGCCAGCCGGGCCCGGAAGCGGCGGCGGGUGGUGCCGGAGCGCCGUGAGCGGGGCCGGGCGCGGGAUGCGAGGAGGCUCCGCCGCCCUGCCCCCUGCCCGCUCUCAGCCAGCGCCCCAGGAGGAGGAGCAGCGGGAGGAGCGGCAGCAGCAGUAGCAGCCGCCGCUGCGGUAGCAUGAGCGGGGCAGCCGCUAAGCAGCCCCCCGGCGCGGGGUCCGCCUCCGAGCCCGCCGCGGAGAACGCGCCGGCUGCGGACCCCGUGCCGGAGUCGCCUCCGCCGCUGCUGAGCGUGGACGUGACGGGAUUGGUGUCGCAGUUUGCGAGGAGCUUCGUGCUGAUCUUCCCCGUGUAUGUGCUGGGCUACCUGGGGCUGAGCUUCAGCUGGGUGCUUAUCGCCCUGUGCGGGCUCUUCUGGAUCCGCAGGCACCGCGGCGGCAAGAGCUCCCGCCUGGGCCGGGCACUCGCCUUCCUGGAGGACGAGGAGGAGGCGGUGCGGCUCAGCGUCUCCUCCGCGGAUCUGCCUGCGUGGGUGCAUUUUCCAGACACAGAGAGAGCAGAAUGGCUCAACAAGACUGUAAAACAGAUGUGGCCUUUUAUUUGUCAAUUCAUUGAGAAACUCUUCCGAGAAACCAUCGAACCAGCAGUGAGAGGAGCAAACAACCACCUCAGUACCUUCAGCUUUACAAAGAUUGAUAUUGGUCAUCAGCCUCUGAGGAUAAAUGGUGUAAAAGUGUACACUGAAAAUGUGGACAAAAGGCAGAUCAUUUUGGACCUUCAAAUCAGUUUUGUUGGAAACUGUGAAAUUGAUUUGGAGAUCAAGAGAUACUUCUGCAGAGCUGGUGUGAAAAGCAUACAGAUCCAUGGCACUAUGAGGGUUAUCCUGGAACCACUGAUUGGAGACAUGCCCCUAAUUGGAGCACUAUCCCUGUUUUUCCUUAGGAAACCUCUUUUGGAAAUUAACUGGACUGGACUGACCAAUCUUCUGGAUGUUCCAGGGCUGAAUGGCUUAUCAGAUACAAUAAUAUUGGAUAUCAUAUCCAACUACUUGGUCCUUCCCAAUAGAAUUACAGUCCCCCUGGUCAGUGAAGUGCAGAUUGCUCAGCUGAGGUUUCCUAUACCGAAGGGUGUUCUAAGGAUACACUUUAUUGAAGCUCAGGACCUAGAGGGGAAAGAUACUUACCUAAAAGGGAUUGUCAAAGGAAAGUCAGAUCCUUAUGGAAUCAUCCGUGUGGGCAACCAAAUUUUCCAAAGCAAGGUCAUCAAAGAAAAUCUCAAUCCAAAAUGGAAUGAAGUUUAUGAGGCCUUAGUGUAUGAACAUCCAGGACAGGAGCUAGAGAUUGAGCUCUUUGAUGAAGAUCCAGAUAAAGAUGACUUCCUGGGGAGUUUGAUGAUUGAUUUAAUUGAAGUUGAAAAGGAGCGUCUUCUAGAUGAGUGGUUUACUUUGGAUGAAGUGUCCAAAGGAAAGUUGCAUUUAAAACUGGAAUGGCUCACAUUGAUGCCAACUGCUGACAAUCUAGACAAGGUGCUAACAAGCAUUAGAGCUGACAAAGACCAAGCUAAUGAUGGGCUUUCCUCUGCAUUGCUUAUUCUGUAUUUGGACUCAGCGAGAAAUCUGCCUAGUAUCUACGAGGGAAACUUUGGGUGUGGAUACUUAAAAGAGAGGAGAGCAUCUGGACUAGUCUUUUGUGAAAACACUACCUCACUCUAUAGAGCACUAUUUAAUAAUCCAUUAGAAUUUAACCCUGAUGGCUUGAAGAAGGCUGCUGUUCAGAAAGCCCUGAAGUCAGGAAAGAAAAUGAACAGCAAUCCCAACCCACUUGUUUUGCUGUCAGUUGGACACAAGGCACAGGAGAGUAAGAUUAGAUACAAGACCAAUGAACCGGUAUGGGAGGAAAACUUUACUUUCUUUGUACACAAUCCCAAAAGACAAGAUCUUGAAGUUGAGGUGAGGGAUGAACAGCACCAGUGUUCCUUGGGGAACUUCAAGCUGCCUCUAAGCCAGUUGCUAGAGAGUGAAGAUUUAACUAUGCAUCAGCGAUUCCAGCUGAGCAACUCUGGUCCCAACAGCACUAUAAACAUGAAGAUUGCACUCAGGGUCCUUUCUCUUGAAAAGCCGACAAGAUCUCCAGAUCAUCAACACUCAGCCCAAGUUAAAAGGCCAUCUGUUUCCAAAGAUGCAAGAAAAUCAUCUUUUAAGCCUCAGGUUCCAGUCUCACCAACAUCUGACCCAAACAAGCCCGCUCCAGCAUCCCCAGUGACUGACAGUGAUAAAAAGACUGACGCAGCUGAUAAGAGUCAGCCUGCCAAUGCCAGCCCGCAGUGGCCGACAGAUCUGAGCCGCAGCUCCUCCAGCCUGCAGGCCUCCAACUUCUCGUGCUCCCCCAGCCACCUGUCGGCGAAGGAGCCCACGCCCAGCAUCGCCUCCGACAUCUCGCUGCCCAUCGCCACGCAGGAGCUGCGCCAGCGCCUGCGCCAGCUCGAGAAUGGAACAACUCUGGGGCAGUCUCCGUUAGGACAGAUUCAGCUAACAAUUCGUCACAGUUCACAAAGAAACAAACUGAUUGUGGUGGUGCAUUCCUGCAGAAAUCUGAUAGCGUUUUCUGAAGAAGGAUCCGACCCCUAUGUGCGAAUGUAUUUAUUGCCUGAUAAGAGACGAUCAGGAAGAAGAAAAACACAUGUAUCAAAGAAGACAUUAAACCCAGUGUUUGAUCAAAUGUUUGAUUUCAGUGUUUCCCUGCCUGAAGUACAGAGAAGAACACUAGAUGUAGCAGUGAAGAACAGUGGUGGAUUCUUGUCCAAAGAUAAAGGGCUGCUUGGCAAAUUAUUGAUACCUCUGGCAUCUGAAGAACUUGCUAAAGGCUGGACCCAGUGGUAUGAUUUGACAGAAGAUGGUACAAGGCCACAGGGUGCAAGUUAGGCCCAUGGACGCCAGGAAUUCCUCACGCAUAAUUUUGCCAACCUUUAUAUAUUUUUAACGCGUUGUUUUCAGAGAUGUACCAAUGUUAUUUUUAUAGCUUUACUGAUUUAGUUCUUAGACACAUCCCCAAUAAUUUUAUAACACUUUGUCAUUUUAUGUAGACAUAGCCAUCCUCAUUGUUAAACUUUAUAUUUUAUUUUGCUAAACAGUUUUAUGUGUUCCUGUAAUGUGCAAUAGUACAGUAAAGUAACCUUUUGUGUUUAAAUAGAUCUUUAUGAUGGCUGUACCUAUUAGAAAGUGAAAAGAACACGUUCUGCUGUUUUCCUGCCUUGUUUUAUAUCUCACCAAGAUAUACUGUACCAUGUAAAUAUAUAAUAUUUUUUUAUAAUUCUUUCAUGCUGGUUUGAAUUCAGAAGAAAAUUAGAUAAAGGAUAAAGAUAUUUUCUUCUAAAUGCAUGUUAAUUUCUUCAGAUGAAUCUCUUUUUGUCUUUGCAGCACAAUGGUCUUAAUCAUUUUGUGAUACUCUGCAAAACGAAACUGCAGAAAAACAUUUUUACUUUAUUGUGUUUCUGGCCCAGUGGGGCUAGCUUAAAAUGUAUAAAACAUUAACAUUUUAAUAUUUAUAUAUAAAUGUAUUAUUGGGAAAUCAUGCUAUAGAAUAUUAUAAAUAAAAAUGAGAAUUCUAUAAAUAUUGUAUAAAUAGAGGAUGAGGUCCACAAAUAGCAGUUUCUAAAUCUGAGUUUUCAUUUAAUGGAGUAAACAUAACAAACAGUACAGUUUUAUUAUACAGGUUCAGUUGGAUUUCGUUAUUUAUUCCUGUACUCUGGAGUACUAGACAUGUGAUCUUUUGAAGGUAUGAGGACAUGGAUUUUUCUGUAUUAUAAAGAUGUCUAGCCACUUUAAACUGUCCCUACCACCAUGUUUCACUGAUUUAUAAGUAGACAAAUCAGCUUGCAAGUUAAGUUCAUAUAGUAGGCAUAUGUACAAGACAUAUGUUAUUUUUAUUACACAGUACCGUGCUAAAAUAGUAUGUUAUGUGAUACCUUCUGUAAUCCUCAAAUAAACACCAGUAGGUAAGAAAGUGGGGAACUGAGAUAAAAUUGACUGUCUUUGGCAGUUGCUUCAUUGCUGCUGAGUAUGUUUGGUGCAUGAACAAACUGCACAGUGGCCCAGGCAGGUUUCUGAGCAAUGCUGUCCUCCUGAAGCACUGCCCUGGGCUGGGCAGGAGGCAGCAGUCAGCACACACUGAUCCAGGCAGGCAGGACCUCAAGGGAGACUAUCAGCCCCAACAGCUGAGCUCAUAACUCUAAUUUUAUGAAUUGUGGGACUUUUAUUUUUGUGUUCAGAACUGAUUUUUCUUUUUCUGGUAAGUUUUUUCAGACUGUUAGAAAAAUGUGCAUUAAGAAUCUAAGAGAACAGCUUGACUGUUGCAAAGCCAGUGUCCUCAUCCUUGGAGAAGUAUGCAAUUAGACAAAGUAUAUUAUUUAGCUAAGAUUCUAGAAUGAUGUCUCAGCCAAGAAAGAAUUUUAACGUGGAAUGAUGAACUCCUGAAAUUAGCUUUAUUGCAAGAAAACUGACAGAACCUUAACUCUAGAUGUAGAAUUUGUCUACAUUACUAGAUGUACCAAAGUGCCUACCAUAGAUGUAGCUUUUUGUCUUUUUCAAGUCUAAAAAUUUAAGUUUGUCUAAAUUCAAUUUAACAGGAACAUUUGUUAUGGUUAUGUGUGACCUGCACUAUACACCUCUAUACAGUGAUGGCCUUCCCAUUGCCACGUUUUAUACACAACAAUUUUAUCAAACAAUCUCACAUUGUAAAUUGUACUGUAACUGUUGUUACUGGGCUGGGCAAUAGAGAUUCUUUGUAAGAAAACAUUUCCAUUUGAAGGCUUCACUGUAUAUUGGAAUGUAUGAGUAGCUAUAUAUCCACUCAUCAAUUAAUAGAAAAUAUAUUAUGAAAUACAUAUUUUCUUUGCUAGUUCUCCAUUAAGAUGUUAAAAAUGGAAAGACAGAGAAUUGUUCUUAAUGCAAUGAAAAUGCAGAAACCAAAUGCUAAUCUGAAUAAAUGAGGUCUAAGAGUGGCAGUUCAACAUAAUUGCCUUUUGCCUUUGUUCAGUCUGAGGUGGAAGGAUUUUUGCUCUACAUUUUGGCCAGUGACUGCACAGAGUUUGAUCUGCAGCCAAAAAAUAGGGUGUUAAACUGAUUCAGUGUUCCAAGUCUUAAGUGAAGUCUGGGGACAGAAAACUGCACUUAAACACAAAAAAAUUCUGUCUUCUAAAGUUUGAAGGUGGAAAAUAAUGCUGUGUUCAGGCAAAUGUGAAAGGAUAGCACAAAGUGAGUAACUGAAUAAAGAAUACAGGGCAGGUUUUCAAAAUAGCUCACUACCUAAAAUUAGGGGUUGGUUCUUAGAGAUCCCAUUUUUCAUUUAGGAACCUGAAAUGAAGAGAUUGAACUGUCAUUGCAAUUCAGCAACUAGAAUUCCCAUAGUCUAUAAUCAGUUCUGGAUGCCAGAUCUUCAGAAACAUUCUCCUGAGUGAAUUCGGAUCAGACUGUGAGUGCCUAGAUGAGAUUGAUUCUUUGGAUAGUGGAUGCAACUUUUGUAUUACCAAAUUCCAGUUGUUCCAUUUAUAUGGAAGUGGGAAGGACAAUUUUGCCUCUGGGCAAAAAUUGCACCUCAUUAUCAAGUCAUUUCUUCAAUGUCAACUGAUAGCUUUUCAUGUAGUUCUUGUUAUCCUGUGCCUUAAAAUAUGAACAUAUGAAGAUGUUUAAGAAAUGGUUAAAAAAUAAGCUUUGUUACCUGUAUGUACCAACACAUGUUCUGUACUAUUGGAACUGUUUUUAGAAUUACUCUGCUUCACUGACAAGAAAACCAGCUUUCUUAACUAUAGCAGUGGUAUAACUCAAACUCAAAUCAGCAUGCAUAUCACUUGGAGGUGGACUAAAAAAGUUUUAAUUUUCUGUCUUGAAUCCUUUAUCAGAGCUGCAGCAAAUGGUGAGAGUUAAAAUGAGAACAAAGGGUAAUCAAUUUUGUACAGAUUGCCUUUUUUGCUCAUGUAAUUCUACAUUAUGAUGCAUGUAUUUAUUCAAUAAAUGGUUCGUAUGGAA